AUGGCUUACUCUUUUACAGAGGAGGAAAAGAGGUUCAUCCUCGCGGAAUCUAUCAAGAACAGCAGUCUAGAUGUCAGCCUCUUAGUAGGGUUUCUGAAAACGCACAACGUCGAGCCAGACUGGCUUAAGAUGCAGCUACCCAGCGGCCGCACCAUGGGACAAUGCCUCGCAGUUACAGAGCAUAUGUUUCAGGGUCCCAUGAGGAUUCCAGACCUCAAGCGGAAGUCCAUGAACGACCUUCUCGAGCAACCCCCAAAGCGAUUAGCUGCCGCAUCCCCUAUGGAACCACCAGCGCAACUACCGCCCUUGGCCUCGGCAACUCAGGGCCUUGCAUCGUACUCAAGCUCGAUGUCCGCAUCCUCGCUUUUGCCAGCGCCUCCGCAGCUGCAUAAUCAGCAACUCGCCAACAUACAGCCGCGACCGGCCGGCAUGGGAAAUGUCGGCAGGGCCAAAGGCUCUCGGAGCCCUGGCCAACAACAGCAACCUUCGCUUCCACCCAGGAAACGAGGUCGACCAUCACGGGCGGACAAGGCGAGACAACUGCGACCUUUGCUUCCGCAGCGUCUUACGCCUUUGGCACCAGCACCCCGACCGAUAGCUAGGGAAAGCCCGACAACGCCGGGAGAGUUUUCCAUGUACAAAUUGUCGCCUGGUGCAGCUUCGGAGGCGGCCAACGAGCCGACAAGGCGAAAGCGAGGUCGGCCAAAGUCAUUUGGUAGGACGCAGCUAGGCACUUUCACAGACGAUCAUCCCAAGACAGACUCUGGCCGAUCAACACCUAGCGAAUCGUCACGCCAGCAGUCUGAUGAGAUACCACAAGACCCUUAUAACGAGGACGAACAGGUAUCAGAUUCGCAAAAGGACAAGGCCAUCCCACAUAUUGGCCACUUGCAGCAAGAGGAACUAGCGAGGUAG